AUGGAUCAUCAGGCCCCAAAAUCCAUCUCCUCAGAGCCCAUCAAGCGGUUCUACUCUGUUUUGGCCCUCCCUCCAGAUGAUGUGACAGAGCGUCUGAGUAAGCUAAUGGCAGAGCUCAGAUCAUACUUCGGAGGCCCUGAGUUCGACCCACAUGUCACCGUAGUCGGACUCAUCAGGCUGACCGAGGCCGACGCUCUAGAGAAAUUUGCAACGGUAUGUGAAGGUCUAAAGGCGUAUAACGCCACCGUCGAGAAAGUGGACACAGGAACCUUCUUCUAUCAAUGCGUGUAUCUUCUCAUGCAACAAGAUUCCCAGGUGAUGGAAGCAGCUGCUUAUUGUUGGAAUCAAUUUGGUUACACGAGUUCGACAACUUAUAUGCCACAUCUCAGCAUCUUAUAUGGAGAUCUGUCUGAUGAGGACAAGAAAAAGGCUCAAGAAGAAGCUAAUAUCCUUGACGAUAACCUGGCCGACAUGAGUUUCCUGAUAAGUAGAUUCGCUUUGUACGAAAUAGAGCCAAACGACGAUACUCUCGCAUCCUGGAAGAAGAUAAUUGAAACUAAUCUUCAACCUAAUUAA